AUGUACUGGCAACCAUGUAAAAAUGAUUUUCCUUUCAUUGUCAGAGUCCUGAUCGUCUACCCCUGGACCCAGCGGCAUUUCGGCACUUUUGGAGAAUUUCCCAAUGACGAUACAAUAAUUGGUAAUGCCAAGGUGAUUGCCCAUGGCAAGGUGGUGUUGAGGAGUCUGGACAAAGCAGUGAAGAACAUGGACAACAUCAUGGGGGUUUACACCAGUCUGAGCCGGUAUCACUGUGAAGUACUCAGAGUGGAUCCCGAAAACUUCAGGCUGUUGGCUGACUGCAUCAUCGUCUCCAUUGGCAGCAAGAACAGCAGCGACCUUACUCCUCACGUGCAAGCGACCUGGCACAAGUUUCUGUCUGCUGUGGUGGAGGCUAUGGGCAGCCAGUACAGCAAUCGGGCCUGA